GACCUUCAAGGGCCGAAGAUAGGCACGACUGGAUCCGAUGACGACAUUCGCGACGCUUGCUCAUCAGGCCGCCAAAACCCAUCCCUAUCUCUAACCCAUCAUACACUUUUAUAUUAUUUCUUCCUCCCCACUCCUUAGCGCCCCCCCCCCCAGCACUACCACUACUCCGAGAGGCAAGAAGAAGAGGAAAGGAGAGCCGACGACGAUGUCUGCUUACUGUGGAAAAUAUCGCGAUGAACUGAUUGCCAAUGCAGCUUACAUUGCGACCCCUGGCAAGGGGAUUCUCGCAGCUGAUGAGUCCACCGGCACCAUAGGCAAACGUCUCGCCAGCAUCAAUGUGGAGAACGUUGAAGCCAAUCGCCGUGCUUUACGUGAGCUUCUUUUCUGCACACCGGGUGCUCUACAGUACCUCAGCGGUGUCAUCCUUUUUGAAGAGACCCUUUACCAGAAGACAGCUGAUGGAAAACCGUUUGUCGAAGUCCUCAAGGAAGGUGGGGUCCUCCCUGGCAUCAAGGUAGACAAGGGUACCGUUGAGCUUGCUGGGACCAAUGGUGAGACCACAACCCAAGGCCAUGAUGAUCUUGGCAAGCGCUGUGCCAAGUACUAUGAAGCAGGGGCUCGUUUUGCUAAGUGGCGUGCUGUCCUGAAGAUUGGCCCAACCGAGCCAUCCCAGCUUGCGAUCAAUGAGAAUGCCAACGGGUUGGCUCGAUAUGCCAUCAUCUGCCAGGAGAAUGGCCUUGUUCCAAUUGUGGAGCCUGAGAUCCUCGUUGAUGGGCCCCAUGAUAUCAAUCGCUGUGCUGAGGUGACAGAGCGGGUGCUUGCUGCUUGUUAUAAGGCACUGAACGAUCACCAUGUUCUCUUGGAAGGAAGUUUAUUGAAGCCCAACAUGGUGACUCCUGGGUCAGACUCAAAGAAGGUAGCUCCGAAGGUAGUGGCUGAGUGCACGGUGCGUGCUCUCUUGAGAACUGUCCCGGCAGCUGUUCCAGCCAUCGUCUUCCUUUCUGGCGGUCAAAGUGAGGAGGAGGCUACUUUGAACCUAAAUGCGAUGAACCAGCUUAAGGGGAAGAAGCCAUGGUCGCUCUCCUUCUCGUUUGGCCGUGCGCUGCAGCAGAGCACGCUCAAGACAUGGGCUGGAAAACAGGAGAAUGUUGAGAAGGCCAGGGCUGCUUUCCUUUCUAGGUGCAAGGCGAAUUCAGAGGCCACCCUAGGGGCAUACGAGGGAGAUGCUGCCAAGGGAGAAGGUGUCUCAGAGAGCCUCCAUGUCAAGGACUACAAGUACUGAUUCUGAUUCCUCUAGGUUUCUGAUCUGUUGACGAGUAAUGGAGAAAAGGGCAUGAGGUUGUUAGGGUAUUUAGUGUGUAGUAGUAGUACUUCAGCCACUCUGCAAGUGUCUUGUCAGAAUUCAAUAACCUGAGGCUUUCGGUGCCUCGGCUGGUAUGAGUCUUCAGAAUGUUUGCUUCUCUCUUUUCCCAUUCCAACUCUAAUGGUUUCUUCGCUGUAACAAGGUCCUUUUCGAGUACGAGUAUAUGCCAUGUGUGAUUAUUGUCUGGCUGUAUCUUGCUGUUCUUGAUGUUCAUGUCUUCCUAUGAUUCUGGACUUUCAAAACUAGUGCAUUUAACUUGGUUGUGUUGUUUUUGCAAGUUUAAUUUCGACUUUGGCUGUAUCUCUUCGAGUCCUGCUUAAUCCCUAAUACAACUAUUGUCAAAGUUGUGAUCAA